GGAGGAAUUGCAGCAUCAUCAGAGUAAGGUAGAAAGUUCCGCAAUAGUAUUUAAAGGAGAACUAGCAGUGGGAAGAGAACUAGCAGUGGAAAGAGAACUAGGUUCGGAAAGAGAACCAGCUGCGGAAAGAGAACCAGCUGCGGAAAGAGAACCAGCAAUGGAAAGAGAACCAGCAAUGGAAAGAGAACCAGCAGUGGAAAGAGAACCAGCAGUGGAAAGAGAAUCAGCAGUGGAAAGAGAACUAGCUGCGGAAAGAGAACUAGCAGUGGAAAGAGAACUAGCUGUGGAAAGAGAACCAGCAGUGGAAAGAGAACCAGCAGUGGAAAGAGAACCAGCAGUGGAAAGAGAACUAGCUGUGGAAAAAGAACCAGCUGCGGAAAGAGAACUAGCAGUGGAAAGAGAACUAGCUGUGGAAAGAGAACCAGCAGUGGAAAGAGAACCAGCAGUGGAAAGAGAACUAGCUGUGGAAAAAGAACCAGCUGCGGAAAGAGAACCAGCAGUGGAAUGA